AUGGCGUUAAUAAACCCUUUAAUCGAAACUUUCAAAUUGGGCAAAAUAUUACAAAUUUCUGUGCAUUCUGAUGAAAAUGAUCAAAAAAAUUUUGAAAGGACUUCGCACCAAUGGCAGAGUUGCUUGAGCACACGUGUGGCACAGUUGAUUUUGCCAAAAGCCGUUGUUGAUAUCGAUGGCUCUUUCGAGAAUGUAAUUUGUAGUAAUGGAUUAUUUCGACAAGAAACGAUACUUAACAUUCGGGAAAAUUCUUUCCCGUUUGACACUUCAGAGGCGGAAGCUUUCGAUAAAGCAUCGCCAAAAAUCAAACUUGUCGCAAAAGAGGUUGCUCAAUUUAUUGAUUCUAAUAUAUCAACAACUAAUGACUUUUUUGACUUAUACACUAAAGAGUUGGAGUGGUGCGGUUAUAAUGAUAUAUUCGUCAAGUGCAUAGAUUUAUAUCAUAAACAAGAUUUUUUCACAUUACUUCUUUUGGGAAUUUCAUCUUUAGAGAGGAUAUUUGGUGAUAUAAUAUUUUCCAUUCAUAAUGAUGCAUUUAUUAUUCCAUCUCUUAUUCGUGACCUUCUUAUUGCCCCACCACUUGUUCCAUUGUUGGGAGAAGAUAUAAUUUUUUUCUUACGUUGUUUAAUUGGCCCUCCAAGUUCAAUGAAUCUGAGAAAUAUUCUUUGGCAUGGAUUUAUUAGUCCUAAUGAAUUUUUACCUAUUCCCGCUAAAUGGUACUGUGCUCUCGUUAUAGUAAUCACUCUAACUAUUUGUCAAAGAGUAAGACUUUGUGGUUUGAUAGAUUCAUUAAAGAAAAGAGAUGGUGCAAAUUUUGAAGGUUUUUUUCAUUUAUCUCAACUUAACAUUAUUGCAAAAAAUAUCAUUAUUAACGAUGAAAUUGAUAAGAUUUUUGAUCAAGAAUAUGAACGUGUUAUGUUUAGUCAAUUGCAAGAGCAUAGGUUAGGUACUGUGGAAGUUGGUCAAUAUUUUUUAACCUUGGACAUUAUUUUGGAAGAAAAAGUUGCUUUGUUGUAUUAUGAUCUAGAAAAAGAAACUGAGAACAAGGAACCUAAAAAUCAAAUUUACGAGGAGUUUGGGGGCGGUAUUAUGGAUCUUAUGCAUGAUCUUUUUGUUCAUAACGCUGGUCCUAGAUUAAGAGAUCGCAUAGCACAUGGAGAGGCAAACUACCUUAUCACAUCCACAAAGUCUGACCCAUUAUAUGAAUAUUAUAUUUGUCUUUUAGUUGUUUUGUGGAGUAGAUAUAAAUCUAAAGUACUCAAUGACGUGAUCGAUAUUGAUGGUUCACAAUUUUUUAUAAAUGAUGAAAUAAUACGAAAUUAUGAAAAUUGGAUAUCCAAUUAUAAUUCUAGAUUCCACCCUAUCCCCUUGCUUUUGAAGGAGAGCACUAGGUUAAUAGUCAUUACCUGGAAUUGCUGGAAGAUUGCUCAUAUUAUAGAACAAAAUGGCAGAUUUACAUUAGGCGAUUGGUCAGAACUAAUUGAAGAUCGGAAAGAUAGUCUAUUCCAGCAGGAUUUUCUCAAGGCAAUUGUAAAAAUGGAAAAUAUAACAGAUGUUUUGCAUAUAUCCCGCGAAAAGUUAAAUAAAAUUAAAGAAAGGAGAUUCUUCAAUGAUAAAAAAUUUUAUUGGUGUCGCUUAAGUAUUACAAAAGAAGAUUUUAAAGUAAUUAAUCUAAGGCGAGUAGUGAUCAAGAAGGCCAUCUCUGGUAUGGAGAAACUUUAUGACAUUCUUAGGACCCUACAUUCUUCAACUUCUCUUUCUUCACGCAAACGCAAGAACAUACAGAAUCUCUUUACUCUUUUUCCAUUAAUCAUGCAGCAUCUAUAUUAUUCGUUGUUUACUCUUGAUUAUUCUACUGAACACAAAUUUAUGUUAAGUAUAUUGAUAUUCGUUGAAAGGUGGUGUGGAUUUUGUGUAGAAGGAAAAUGGAAAAAUAUAAAUGAUGCAUUUGAUGAAUUAAUUAAACAUUUGAAAUAA